AUGUCGCGUCAGGGCCCAAGAAGCAAGAACGAGCCCAUUGUUAUUAUCGGGGCAGGAGUCUUUGGACUCUCGACUGCUCUUGAGCUGAAAACAAGGGGCUACAGUCAGGUAACGAUUCUAGAUCGUUAUCUUCCCCCAGUGCCCGAUGGAAGCAGCGUGGACAUUUCCCGCAUUAUUCGCGUCGAAUACGCCGACCCCUUGUACGCGAAGAUGGCUCGUGAGUCUCAUAAAGGCUGGCUGAGAGGCUAUAAAGAUCACUAUCACGAAUCGGGUUUUGUCAUGCUUUUCGACAAGGCGAAGGGCAACGAAUACGUCCAGAAGAGCCGAGAGGUUAGCCGGGCUCUGGGUCAAGAGAUCACCGAGUAUCCCAAUCGAGAUGCAUUGGCAUGCGCGUACCCCGGGAUUCAGGUGAAUUUCGAGGGCCUCGAGGCAUUGGGAAAUCCCCACGGGGGCUGGGCUGAUGCGGCGGGAGCCAUUCGGCAGUUGAGCGCUCAGUGCAGUGAAGCUGGCGUGUCUUUCCUCACCGGGCCCCGCGGGAGAGUUACGUCUUUGAGGUAUAAAGACAAGCGGGUGGUGGGAGUGAAUGUUGCCGAAGGAAGUCCCAUUCCCGCAUCUCAAGUCAUCCUCUCGACUGGCGCUUGGUCUAACACUCUGGUCAACUUGAGCCAUACCAGUUCCGCCUCUGGUCAACCUGUUGGGUUUAUACAGCUCACCGACGGCGAAGCGAAGCAACUCGAGAAAAUGCCGGUUAUCAUCAACCUUAGCACGGGAAUUUUCUGCUUCCCACCUACCCCAGGCACCAAGAUCCUCAAGGUCGCACGGCAUGGUUAUGGUUACGCCACGAGGAUGAAGGCGGAAAACACUUCGGAUCUUGUGUCGUCCCCCAAGCGAGAUAGUAAUAACGCCGAAAAUGCGUAUCUCCCUGAGGAUGCGGAUGCCGCCUUACGAGAGGGGCUGCGGCAGCUGGUACCCCAGUUUGCCAACCAUCCAUGGAUGACGCGGCGUUUGUGUUGGUACUCGGAUACUCCGGAGGGUGAUUUCGUUAUCGAUCACCAUCCCGAAAUCGAUGGUCUUUUCCUUGCCACCGGGGGGGCUGGUCACGCAUUCAAGUUUUUACCUGUGCUCGGUCAGUAUAUCUUGGACUGUUUUGAGAAUAAGGCAUCGGAUGACAUCCGCCGUAAAUGGAGGUUUCGGUCGCCAGUCGAGUCAAGUCCGGGUUUAAAGAAGGGUGACGGAAGCCGGGGAGGUCCUCCCCUAAGGGUCUUAUCAGCUCAGGAGCAGGCCAAACUUUAA